AUGCCACCCGGUGGUGAGCAUCUCGUCCGGGAAAACACAGUAACCAAGCUAAUAGAAGAGGUCAGUAGCAAACCUGUGCAAUUAAAGGAUGUAAUGCAAAGCUUAAAUACCCUUUUUGUUUCUUUCAGCGCAAGCAGGUUUAGCGAAGAAGCUCGCACCAAAGCCCAGAGGAAAUACAGCCCCGUUAACAGCCUGAAGGACAGAUGGCAAGAAUGGGCCGACCAGCACAUCAUAACGCAGAAGCUGAAUCCCUUCAGCGAGGAAUUUGACCAUGAGCUGGCCAUGUCCACCCGUCUGCACAAAGGAGAUGAAGGCUAUGGCCAUCCAAAGGAAGGAACCAAGACUGCCGAAAGAGCCAAGAGAGCCGAGGCCCACAUCCACCGGGAGGUCAGGGACAUGUGCUUCAUCAUCGAAUCCAUGGCCAAACCACGGCCCAAUGGCAAGAUCCAAGUCACCUUCGGGGAACUCUUCGACAGAUAUGUUCGUAUUUCAGACAAGGUUGUCGGGAUUCUCAUGAGAGCCAGGAAACACGGGCUGGUGGACUUUGAGGGAGAAAUGCUAUGGCAAGGAAGGGAUGAUAAUGUCUUAAUUACUUUAUUAAAAUAA